AUGUAGAUACAGUAACAAUGGAUAGGAUGGGAAAAAUUGAUAUGGCACCUCCAUUUCCUUGAAAUUCUAUUGUUUGUAUCACUUAUCACAUUCUUCACCUUCUAGCAUUGAUGAACCAGCAAUUGGCAUUCAUGAGUUAUCAUACAGUAGUAACCACACAAAGAAACCCCAGUCAUGCCAUAAAACGAGUGACGCAGAGGAUUGCCGUAUGAAAGUGCAAACUUAGUCUUUGUGAACCUGUUAAUAGUCAGCCGGAAAGCACAAGUUCCCUGUCUGAGUUUAGUAGUAAUACUGAUGAGUGAACACCACUGAUUCGAAACACCUUCUUUCUAACAUCAGAAACGCUGCAAGGAUGGAUCAACUGCUGAAGAAAUGUCAGAUAAGGAGCAAUCUUCUCAGAGAAUGUUUGGCUGAAUGCCUUGGCGUCUACAUCAUGAUACUGCUUGGAUGUGGCUCUGUUGCCCAAGUAACAACCUCCAAGAACAGUAAAGGUCACUACCUGUCAAUCAAUCUGGGUUUCGCUCUUGGAACUACCUUUGGAAUCUAUGUUUCCCGUGGGGUGUCAGGGGCUCAUCUGAACCCUGCAGUGUCUCUCAGCCUUUGCUUCCUGGGUAGGCAUCCUUGGACACGUCUGCCGUUUUAUGCUGUCUCUCAGAUAAUGGGGGCCUUCUUGGCUGCAGCUACCAUAGGCCUGCAGUACCAUGAUGCUAUACGGUACUACAGUGGUGGUCACCUGAGCGUAACCGGCCCCACUGCCACAGCAGGUAUCUUUUCCACAUACCCUGCUGACUACCUGAGCCUCUGGGGAGGCAUCUUGGACCAGGUGGUAGGUACAGCUGUUCUCAUGGUUUGUAUCCUGGCUCUGGGGGACAGCAGAAACAGUCCUGCACCGGCAGGUCUGGAGCCAGUUCUGGUGGGGGCAGUGGUGCUGGUGAUUGGAAUCUCCAUGGGCUCAAACAGUGGUUACUCGCUCAACCCAGCCAGAGACAUCGGGCCUAGGCUGUUCACGUACAUCGCUGGCUGGGGGGACGAGGUGUUCAGGGCUGGAUGUAAUUGGUGGUGGGUGCCGUUGGUAGCUACUUGUGUUGGCGCUCUCGUGGGGACACUGAUCUAUGAGCUCCUCAUUGAGGUCCACCACCCAGAGAACAGAUUCAUAUCAGAGUCCUCGACCCAGGGAAAGGCCACUGUGAGCAACCAGGCAGUGGAGCUGAGCACAGUAAAUGCAGAAAAUAAUUAUCACAAGGACAGACCGGAUGGCAUCAAACUGUGAAAGAGAGAAUGUUGGAUUUUUAACAGAUAUAUAGAUCGUUUUCGUCCUCUGCCAGUCUGUAGAUUUGUUGUCCCCAAUGUCUAUUGCUUGACCUCGUUCUUAUGAA